AACACCAGUGACGACAAGAUUUUGUAGACAAUCAGAACACAUCAGUAUUAACUACAGUAAUGGUCUCACCACCUCCAACCCUAAUGGUAUUUGAUGACUUCAACAACAACUCUUAUGAUGGGGGUGCUGGUCCUAGUACUGGUCCAAGAAAACGAGGACGUGGCCGACCAAAGGGUUCAAGAAACGGGACGAGAAAACCAAAGAAGCCAAAAGCAUAUGAUCCUAAUAGCAAACUGAUUAAAUCUUGUCCAAAAUUUGAAUCAGGGAUAACCAAAGCAGAGAGAGAAAGCGGAAACCUUGAGAUAGUUGCUUCGGUGUUGAUGCGGUUUGACGCGAUUAGACGGCGAUUACACCAAGUAAACCAGCCAAAAGACAUCCUUACAACAGCGUCAACUAAUUGCAUGAGAUUGGGGGUCCGGACAAAUAUGACGAGAAGAAUUGGUCCAAUUCCUGGAGUACAAGUAGGCGAUAUAUUCUACUACUGGGGUGAAAUGUGCUUAGUCGGUCUUCACAGAGACAUGGCCGCGGGCAUUGAUUAUCUGUCAGCUAAAAGGAGUGGAGUGGAUGGUCAUGCUGCUACGAGUGUGGUAACAUCAGGACAGUACGAUGAUGAAACCGAGGAGCUUGACACUUUGAUCUAUAUCGGACAAGACGGAAAGGGCAAGAACCGUCAACCAUGUGAUCAGGUUCUGAAAAAUGGAAACCUUGCACUAGAAGCAAGUGUAAGAAAAGGGAAUGACGUUAGAGUCGUUAGACUGGAGAAGCAUAACAAUGAGAAGGUAUUUAUCUACGAUGGACUUUAUCUGGUUUCUGAUUUCGAGCAUGUGAUAGGAAAAUCUGGCUUUAAGGAGUUCAGAUUCAAAUUGGUGAGGAAACCAGACCAACCUUCUGGUUAUGCAAUCUGGAAGUCAGUUGAAAUUUUGAGGAACCAUGACUUGAUUGAUCCAAGAGAAGGUUCUAUACUUGGAGAUAUUUCUUUUGGAGCAGAGGUUUUACGAGUUCCGCUCGUUAAUGAAGUUGAUGAAGACGACAAAACGAUUCCUGAAGAUUUUGACUACAUUAGAUCUCAGUGUUACUCAGGUAUGAUGUUUGAUCUUAAUGUUGAUAUUCAAUCACUUGGAUGCCAGAAUUGUGAAGGUGAGUCAUGCAGUCAUCAAAACUGCUCGUGCAUGUGUAAAAACGGUGGCCAGUUACCAUACCAUAAGAACAUUUUGGUUUGUCGUAAACCAUUGAUUUACGAGUGCGGUGGAUCUUGUCCCUGCCCCAACGAUUGUCCAAACCGAUUGGUUCAAACCGGUUUGAAGCUCCACUUGGAAGUGUUCAAGACAGCAAACUGUGGUUGGGGUUUACGUUCUUGGGAUCCAAUCCGAGCGGGAACUUUUAUCUGCGAGUUUGCCGGUGUGAGCAAGACAAAAGAAGAAGUAGAAGAGGAUGACGAUUACUUGUUCGACACAUCUCGGAUUUAUCAUAGCUUCAUAUGGAACUAUGAACCUCAGCUUUUGCGUGAAGAUGCUUCAAAACAGGUCUCUGAAGUUAUCAAUCUUCCGACACAAGUCUUGAUAAGUGCCAAGGAGAAAGGAAAUGUAGGUCGGUUCAUGAACCACAGCUGUUGGCCCAAUGUUUUUUGGCAGCCUAUUGAAUAUGAAAACAACGGUGUUACAUAUGUUCGCAUUGGACUCUUUGCGAUGAAGCAUAUUCCUCCAAUGACAGAGUUAACAUAUGACUAUGGAGUUUCUUGUGUGGAGAAGAAUGGAGAAGAUGAAAUACUUUAUGAAGGCAAGAAGAUUUGUCUAUGUGGUUCAGUCAAAUGUCGUGGCUCUUUUGGCUGAUUUGGACUUUAUAUCAUUUGUUUUUAUUGUCUUUUUAGCUUUCUUGUUUCCUAUGUUUUUUUUUUGUUGUUGUAUUUUUCUUUUUGAAAACAUUAAUAAAAGUAGUAGAACUUUGAUCACUUAUUAGCUGUUGUGCUUUUAACAACAAUCGUGUUCUUUGAAAAUUUCAAUUGCUGAUCAUCGAUUUCAUCUGUGUAUCUCCUGUUGUCUUACACUGCUGUGAAGAAAUAAUAAUUGUCAGACCAGUUU